UGGGAUCGCUUUUUAUUUUCGGCAGCAGCGGCAGCAAAAGGAAUAAAAAAAAUUCAAAUCAAAGGAAAGUGAAAUGAAAUAAAAAAAUUAAUGGUUUAAAUCCAAUUUCAAUUGAUUAAUUUGUUAUGGUUCGCAAGACAAAGAUUUCUACAAGUUCUUGCCCAUCAAGUAAAGAUUCCAGUGAAGACUCGCCAAAUGACACGGAAAAAAAAACAUUUAUUAUUUUGAGUUUGCCAAUUGUUAUGUUUUUUAAUUUGAUCAAAACUUUAUUAUUUGAGAUUUUUGUUGUGCUUAAAUUUGUUUACAAUACAUCAUCGAGAAUUCUUAAUAAACCAGCAACGAAUAAUCAGGAAGAAGUAAAUCUUGAAUCAGCAAGCGAAGACAACAAAGGAAUCGAAAUGGAUCUUCUUCAACUUCAAAAGCACCACCACAAAAAAGCUUUUGAAUAUAUUUCGCAAGCAUUAAAGAUAGACGAAACACAAAAUCCAGAACAAAAAGAAAAUGCUAUUCGAUUGUACAAAGAAGGCAUUUCAGAGUUGGAACGUGGAAUAAACAUUGACGUGUGGCAAGGUCAUGGUGAAAAAUGGGUUAAAGCUCAGCGUUUGCACGACAAAAUGCAGACUAACUUGGCAAUGGCAAAGGACAGAUUGAAUUUUUUAGAUCUUAUGCUGGCCGAACGAGCAAAGGUUCUAAGUCAGGAGCGCGCAAAAACUUCUGUUCAAUCAUUGACAGAUAAGAUGAAUAGUUUAACGAAUCGUAAAGCUCAAACUCCAAAACUUUUACUCAAUGAGCUUAAAACUGGUGAUAAAAAUGUAACAUUUAGCAGUAAGAUUAAUCAUUCCACGGGUAAAGCAGUGUCUUCCGAAGAAAUUUUAAUGUUUUUCUUAACGUUUUUCUUUCAAGUAACGGGUAAAUUAGUAAGUCGUCGUCCUGGUCAUUUAACUAUUAUGAACAAAUCUCAAACAUUACCACGCAACAUGUCGAGAGCUUUAACAAAUGUGAACAAUCCCAUAAAAAAACCGGCAACACCGCCAGCAGCACGAAAACAAUUUUCGAAUCCAAGUCAAUCUCCACGACGUACGAAUAUUACUUCAGGUCGUGCAACGCCUCCAAGAUCAAGAACAUCCCAUGGGGGCAAUCCAUCAACCUCGUCACAGAAUUCAAUCAGUGUCAAAGGUGUUGAACAAAAACUCGUACAAACAAUCAUGGAUGAAAUAAUUGAAGUUGGACAGAAGGUCGAGUUUAGUGAUGUCGCUGGUAAUGCCACUGCUAAGCAAGCUCUCAAGGAAAUGGUGAUUCUUCCAGCUGUCCGUCCAGAACUUUUUACUGGUCUUCGGACACCUUCAAAAGGAUUGCUACUUUUUGGACCUCCAGGAAAUGGAAAAACUUUGCUUGCGCGAGCGGUUGCAAAUGAAUGUUCAGCUACUUUUUUUAGCAUUUCAGCAGCAUCACUAACAAGCAAAUAUGUUGGUGAUGGAGAGAAAAUGGUUCGAGCAUUAUUUGCUGUUGCUCGUGAAUUGCAACCAUCAAUCAUUUUUAUUGAUGAAAUCGAUUCUCUUCUGUCUGAGCGAUCUCAAAGUGAACAUGAAGCAUCGCGUCGUUUAAAAACAGAGUUUUUGAUUCAGUUUGAUGGACUACCGACUGGAGAUUCAGAAAGUGAAAGAAUUGUUGUGAUGGCUGCUACAAAUCGACCUCAAGAACUUGAUAAAGCCGCUCUUCGUCGCUUCCCUAAACGUAUUUAUGUCACGUUACCAGAUUUUGAUACGAGAAUCUCUUUGCUUUCUAUUCUCUUGCAAAAACAAAACAGUCCAUUGAAUGAAGAUGAGUUGAAGACACUAGCUCGUAUGACUGAAGGAUUUUCUGGAAGUGACUUGACUGUUUUAGCGAGAGAUGCUGCUUUUGAACCUAUAAGAGGACUAAAUUUAGAUGAAGUUAAAGAUCUGGAUGCAUCAAAAUUAAGACACAUCACUAUGGCUGAUUUUACUGAGUCUUUGAAGCGCAUCAAGAAGUCUGUGUGCCCAAAAAGUUUGCGUGAAUUUGAACAAUGGUCGAUGGAAUAUGCCAGCGUAUAAUGAAAUGCACCAUAGAACUGUAUUUCAUAGAAUAUCAUCGCUUUUUAAAAUUUUUUCAUUUGUAACAUCAUCAAACAAGAAUUUUCUUGUAAAAUUGCGCUCGUUCGCCUGACUGUUGUUGACUUCAAACAGUCAUAAAGAAAUAAAUAAAUACUGCAAAAAAACUGUUUGCUUCCUUUUUAAAAUUUUCUGAUUAGACAUUUUUUAUUCCAUUUUAUUUUAGUUUCCAAAAUUAAUC